AUGGUAAGUGAUCGCUGUAGCUUAAAUUCACAUUGCCUCAAUCUAAAAUUUUAUAUUUCGAGUCAGGAAUCCGAAAUUGAAGCUUAUGGGGACAUAGAAGAACCUCGGCAGAUUGCAGUUGAUCGCGAUGAUCGUACGGCCAGUAGAGCGAAUAUCCAUGAUUCACAUGGACAUCUGCCAUCUGGUUAUCCACCAGAAGCGUCGACUAGUCCACCAAGAAGCUGUAUACUUUCUGGGACAAGUGUAAAGUCAAAGCGACCAAAAUCAGCUUCGAAAAACCCUGUCAAUUUGGGACAUGCGACUAUUGGACCUUCUAGAUCCAAUCCUUCACCUAUCGCUGGAUCUUCAAAGCUAGUUUAUAGGACUCCUAAAAACAUACCCGCACGUGAAUCUGACGAGUUUGGUCGAUACGAAUCUUCCUGCUGUCAUCAGUGCCAAGUGAACACCACGCAGCCGAAGAUGAUCUGCGACCAAUCCCAGGAUCCAAACUGCGUCGUUCGAGUCUGUAUCACGUGCUUAACGAAAAGUAAAGUUUACGACGAUCAUGUUGAACUCCGACCACCUAUCUUCAAAUUUACGCCUGGUGGCAGGAUGUUAUGCGUAAAGUGCCGUGAUGUGUGUCCAUGUGCAUCAUGUAGAAGAGGUCGUAGCGAGAAAGACCACAGUAGUCGAGGUUCUGAUAGUUCAGCCCAUGAUUUCUGUGUACUCGCUCUAGAAGAACGAGAAGAGUUUUCAUCGAAGAAGCAGGCAAGACAUGAGCCAAAACGACAAAAGCAAGAAUCGCGACCAUCAAUCGAAAAGACCCUUUGUUCGCAUUCCCAGUUCGACGUCAGCCUGGAUGCCUUCACUCAAUGGAAAAAUAGUUUUGACCGAGACGAUAAAGCCCAAUUGGCUACUAUUAGUGUAGAUAAACAGAUAUUCUCAAAUACAUUGACGGCACAAGCGACCCCUGCCACUAACCAAAAGCCUAAUGGACGAUGCUGGCUUUUUGCUACUUGCAAUUUGGCUCGCAUGGGCAUCGUCAAGAAAUUUGAUCUAGGCGAUUUUGAAUUAAGUCAAAGUCGCCUGGUCUUCUACGAUUUCUUAGAAAAGGCCGACUUCUAUUUAAAGAGUAUGAUUGAGCUUGUUGAGCUGCCGAUCGAAGCUCGUAUCAUAUCGCAUAUAUCUGGCUCUCCUCUAGGUGAUGGAGGGCAAUGGGAUAUGGCCGCAGGAUUAAUUGAAAAGUAUGGCUUAGUGCCCCAGCCAAUCUAUGAUGACUCUUUCAAUUAUUUAAACUCGAGUGGUAUCAACGCUUUCCUCACCUCCAAACUUCGUGACCAAGCUCUUGAACUACGUCAAAUUUACAAGGAUGCUAAGGCUCAUGCUGCUGAUAAUCUUGGUCAAGACUCUGAAUCGGCUACCAUCGCUGGUAUUCGAGCUGCUAGACAGGCUAAAGAAACUAUGAUGGCCCAAGUCUACCGCUGCCUAGCUAUUGCUCUAGGCUCUCCUCCUUCUCCAACUGAGAGUUUCAAAUGGGAUUACGUUGACAAGUCAGGCAAGGCUCACAGUCUUGUCUCUACUCCUCUGGAUUUCUACCAUAAGCAUUGCGCUGGAUUUCAGGCAUCUGAAUACAUUAGCUUGAUCAAUGACCCGAGAAAUCCGUACAACAAGUCAUAUACUAUUGAGCGCGUUGGAAAUAUUUGGGGGGGUCGUCCGAUCAGACAUGUCAAUACUAGCCCCGAUGUGUUGAAGAGCUCAGUGAUCAAGAUGAUCCAAGCUGAUAAACCAGUUUGGCUUGGUUGUGAUGCGAGCAAGAUGUCAGAUCUGUCUCAUGGUAUCAUGGACACCAAACUCAUUGAUUACAAAGCUACAUUUGGAGUGACGUCUCGCUUGUCGAAAUCUGAUCGACUUCGAAUGGGUGAUGGUGUCAUCUCACAUGUGAUGGUCAUCACUGCCGUUCAUCUUGACGAAGAAGGCAAACCAGUACGCUACAAAGCCGAGAACAGCUGGAGUGAUACCGCUGGCCCUCACGGCUGUUUUGUCAUGACGGAUGCGUGGUUUGAUGAGUAUGUUUAUCAAAUCGUCUUACCGAAGUCUUUUACUUCGGAUUUGCUUAGAGAAAUCUAUGAUGAUCCAGAGCCGAGUGUUUUACCACCAUGGGGUAUGUAG